UUAGUAGGGUUCCUAUAAGUACUAAUGCAUAAAGAGACAUUCUCGUCGCCGACCUUCAAUUUUAUAUUUCAUGCCAUACUAUUUUCAAGAAAAUAUAGCGCAAAAUAUAAAAUUUCUUUGAGGUAUUAUGGAUUUUGGGUCAGGUGGUACAUGGUGCAUGGUUGCUAUGGUCACCACACCAGUCGUGCUGAAAAUGUAGAAGUUUUUCCUGCUAUCAAACCAGAGGGGUUGCAAUGACAAGACUUAUAACUUACAUGGGCUUCAUAACAGUUAAAAUUAGCCAUUACCUCGCUUAAACAUCAACAGGACACACUUACCCGACCUGACGAGUGUGAACACUUCACACUACUCCAUCCUUAUUUAGACUGCAAAGAUGGCUUGUAUGGAUGUCUGCCCACUGGCAUCUGAACUCUGCGUUGUUAACAGUAAUAUACUUUGCCCUGAAGAAGGAUGUGGUAAAACAUUCAAAGCUUCCUCAGCUUUAAACAUGCACCUCACAAAGCAUCAUCGAAACUCCUGUCUAGCGAAACGAGACACCAGUGUCACAGUGCGAUACUUUUGCCCUGAGGAGAAAUGUGUUUAUCAUGUUAAUGCAAAUCGACAUUUUACUCAAAUGAAAUAUUUGAAGCAGCACUACCUCAAAGUCCACAGUGAAAAGAGGUUUAACUGUGAGUCUUGUAGUAAGGCUUUUGCAACUCAAGAAUUACUUAGGUAUCAUCUUCAGGUAUGUGGUAUAAAGUUUACCUGUUCGUGCGGAAACUCCUACAGUUCAUACGAAGCCUUACUGACACACUCUAAAAGAAAGCAGCACACUUUCGAUGACAAAUUCAAAUCUGGGAACAAACGAUCCAAAGGGGAAGUAACAGAUUCUGUACUAAAAAAAGAUGCACAUUGCUUCAGCCUAGAUAUGAUGCAGCCAGUUUACAUUUUACCCAAAUUUGUACCUGACCAAAUUGGAGCCAGUGUUGCUGUCAAUGUCUUGACAGCAUCUACUUUAUCUGACCUAUCAACAGGGUGCACUCUUGUGGUGGAGGAUAAAAGUAUGCAAACUGAUCCAGUAGACUUAAAGCGUAAGAAGACCAGUCCAAACAAGGCUUUGGACAAGACAUUAAAACGAAGAGCUUCUGCUCACACUCAAACAGGCAGUGUUACAAAGAGCCUUUACCCAAAGAAAACAGCAGAAACUCAAACAAUGGGUGAUUAUAUUCUCAAGAAAGCAAUGGCUGACGCCAACAUCUUAUUGCCUGAGAGAGAAACAACAGAACUUUUACCGAUGACAGUACGGAAGAGGAGGAGCAAUUCAGGAACUCAAACUGGCGGAAGGAAAUGCCUUAAGGUUGCAGCAAAGUUCAACGAACCAGUUUUAGAGCAAGGUCUUGAUGCAAUGUCCUUAUCGCCCUGUUCUCCGUUUUGUUUGAAAAAAGAUGUUGGUCUUCCAGACUUGUGGGUUGGUGACAAAAACACUUCAAGCACUCAGACAGGUCCUGUCCCUGAUGUAUCUGUACUUCAAUCAGAGAAUUUCACUCAAGGCAACAACUUGCAUAAUGACUUGAACUUGGACCUAUUUGGUCAAGAUGGCAGCCUUUGUUCAACCAGCAAUCUUCAGAGCCUCUUUGAAGAUAAUUCUGACAGUUUUGAUAAUGUUGUCAAUGGUACCUCUCAUUUUGAUGCUGCUCCUCACCCAGCGAAUGUAAUAAAUUCAUUGGAUGAGAUCCCUAACGGAAACCUCACUGCUUGUAAUAUUACUCAGUCAGAUCAAAAUCUAAAUCAUCUUUUUCCAAGACAUCCUUCUGAUGAAGAAGCUCAGGGUGUGUAUACCAUGCGCACAACCACAGAGACUCAAACAACUGAUGAUUUGGCAGAUUUAGAUUCUUUGUUGUACACCAAUAUGUGGACUCAAACGCCUGAAGAUUCUCUAUUUUCGGGUCUAGAUUUUGCGGACAUUGAAACCCAAACUGCAUGGCCUCUGUACAGUGAUGAAGUGUCGGAGUCCAUUCUUGUUUCAGCCGAGACUCAAACAGCAAUAUCAAGUAGUGCUUUUAGCACCUGCUCAUCUGCAAUUGACAAUCAGUGCUGCUGGUCGCAGGAAGCCUCUCACAUUGAGACGCAAACAUGUGAGGAGGACUUGAAAGAAUUAAUGGCAGAGUUUGAAUCAGCCUUAGCCAAUAAGACAUCUUAAGGCAAUCAAAAACAUUUUCAUGAAAUGAUCUGAUGUCUUCCAUCAGGCCAAAAGAGUAAUAUGCUGUAACAAAUAUUUAAUUUAGAAAUAAAUUAGUACUGGUUCACAGAUUAUCAUUUUUAACUUAUUUUGUUAUUGUACGUAAUUUUAUCCAUGAGUAGAACUGAACUGUUAUGAUGUCUACUAAGUGUUAUUUACUUUUAUGUAUUCAUGCACUUAAGAACGAUCUUUUUUUUUUUGUCUGGUGCACAAGUCAUGUAUUUAAGUUAGUUUUAAAUCCCCCUUUAUGUGUUUGUGAGGCGACUUAAGAGAUUUCAUUCAUCACCCAGUUGAUACAAAGUUUCAGUUUGGCAUCUAUAUACGUAUAAGACUUUUUAUUUUCAUUGUAAGGGUUUUUUUUCCUGUGAUAUUUUUACUUUAAAGCAAGUGUAUGUGAUUUUUUUUUCUGUUAUAUUAGGCUCACAUUAGCGGUUGUUCUCUGCUAGUGUUCUGAGAACUGAAUGUAAAAUUUCCUCAGUAAGAGGGCUUUUGCACUAAAGCUCUCUGUGUCCUGCUUUCAUCAAAGCAAUCAUAUUGUGCCAUCCAGAAAGAGAAUAUUUGAUGAAUUUUUGUGUGAAUUGCUGUAGUGUUACUAUUAGUUCUCUCUCUUUGCAAACCACAAUUAAGGUAUUUCAUAAAUUGUGGCUCGGUUACUGAACUUCAUCAACAAGAACAAUAUGUGCCAGAAAAAAUAAUAAGUACAAAUAUUGUUUGCGUAA